UUUUCCGCGUGCUUUUCCAUCCUAGGAAACGUAAAUUCGGCUGUGUUAUGGUCUAUGGUUAUGGUAUGGUGGAAGUAGAUGAAAGUUAAUGGCCUGUCCAUGCUAACAUGAUGGGGACCGACAGUAAAGUGGUCUCCGGUCAGUUUCAAACAGUCUCUCUGUCAGAGUCUCAGUUGGACUUCCCCGGGCAGCCGUACUCCGUGUCCGUCCUCAAAGCCGGGUACUGUCUCCCUCAGCCCGGCGGCACGUUCAGAGCGGACGGGACCAUCACACUCAUAACCGGACCCAGGACUAUUCUGGUGGACACCGGGGGCCCGUGGGACCGGGACUUUCUCCUAGCGACGCUGAAAGAGAGGGGUCUGGACCCGGGGGACGUUAACGUGGUCGUGGGGACUCACGGACAUUCAGACCACGUAGGAAACCUGAGUCUGUUCCCAGCAGCGAUGAUGAUAGUCGGGUAUGAUAUCAGCGAAGGGGACACAUACCGGCCCAACAAGCUAGCAGAGGGACAUGCCUACUGCGUUGACGAGCAUGUGUCUGUAGUUCCCAGUCCCGGACACACGGGACAAGACGUCAGCGUCCGGGUGACGGGAACCUCGGCGGGCACGGUGCUCGUUGCUGGGGACUUAUUUGAGUCCUGCGCAGACGAGGACAGCUGGCGGGACCUGAGUAUGAACACUGCGACGCACGAGGUCAGUCGCCGGGAGGCGCUGCGCACCGCUGAUGUCAUCAUACCGGGGCACGGACUCCCUUUCAGAGUCCUCAGGAACUGAUGAACCAACACAUCCAUAGGGCCUGUUCUGACCCGGUAUUACGAUCUGAUCCUGAGUGGACAGCUGUAGGUGUGUGUGUGUUUUCACCUGUCUGUAGAAUGUGUCUCCAUGUGCCUCCUUGGUGACCAUUUCCGACUCAUUUCCGUUAGCAUAUAGGCUGGUUGUGUGUUUUAUAAUGUCCGUUUCCCAGCCGCUUCGUUGACCAGGAGUUUCACCGCCGACUCCAGACAGCUGUGUAGCUCUGGUAAUGCGAGACUAAAGAAAUAACAAAAGGAGAUGACACAAGAGCAGGGAGUUUUGGACAGCCGGGGGUUAUAGGAGCAGACGGCACGCAGGAACAAGAACACAGACCCACUACUAACAGAAUAUGAUAAAAAACCUUAAACGCACGAUUCACUCUUAGGGCCCUAUCUGGCACCCAGCGCGAAGCCCGACGCGAGUGUCUUUGCCAGUUUAAGACCGAUGCAGUCGUCAAUUUCCCAUCCAGCGCCCACAUUGUUUAAAUGGCAAAUGCAUCUGCAAUUAUCUUUGCGCCCAUGGGCGUGCUGCUCUUACAGGCAAGUGUGUUCAGGUGCAUUCUGGGCGUAUUGCUAUCUUGAGG